AUGACGAGCGAGCACGAGGGCGAUGAGAUCUGGGUGAGCACGGGCGGUCGAAAGCGUGCGCCUGAGGCAAGCCCACGGGCGGCGGUCUGUCUGCUCGUCCGCCCUGUGACAGAGGGACAGAUGCCGGUCCGCGCUAUCGGACUCGGUUGUGACGGUUCUGCUCGUCAAAAGGCAAAGGUGGAGCUCGGCUUAGCAAUCAGGAACGUCGCCGGAAAGGCUGGCCUUCCGCCUGUCGUUCGCGUGUCGAUGCAAGCGUACGAUCUAGCAGAGUACGAUCCGCGUGCUUUCUAG